CGAACUAGCCAAAAAUAUGUAAAUUUUCUUUAAAAUAUAUAUAUUAUUCUAUAGUAAUAUUUGUAGAUCUGAAUCCUCCGAUGAACCCUCCAUAAAUGAAAUGGCCCUUAAUUUACGUUUACUUUAUCAACUAGUUCAGACUGAAGCUUUGUCAAUUCCCCAUCAAAUUUUUUCCAAAUUACAAAGCAUUUUGGACAACAAAAAACUAAAACCUUUGGAUGUUUUAAGAUAUCUGGCACCAACAUGCGAAGAAAGUCUACAAAGAUGCAGGUGGAAAGGGGAAGAAAAAAGAUGUGAUAUUAUAUUUCAAAUGAUACCCACAAGUCAAGGUUUCUGUUGUGCAUUUAAUUAUUUUGCCAUGAGAAAUCCUAUAUAUCCAGGUUUUUAUAGGAAUUUAUCAUAUAAAUCCCCAAAAUUACCCAGAAGAGUAUCGGCGUGUGGAUACCAAACAGGGUUGGAAAUACUUUUAAGUAAUGAUCCAAAUAACUACUUUUUAACAGGAAUUCCUUCAAUAGGCCACAGUGUAUUAAUACAUAAUUCGUAUUAUUUUCCGGCUUCUUCAGUUCAAACAGUACUCACAGAAAAUCGUCUGCUUAACCAUAUUGAUAUCGUCCCAUCUCUAACAUACUCUACUAACAGUCUAAAGGAAUUAGACAUCGAAAAACGAAAUUGUCUUUUGUUUAAUGAAAGAAAGCUGCCUAACUUUGAAGGGUAUACAUACCACAAUUGCAUAGUUGAAUCUAUGAUUCAUGGGUCAGUUGAAUUGGCACAAAAAAACGUUGAAAAUAAGUGUAAUUGUUUACCCGAUUGUGAAUACGUAGAGUAUAUUGCACAAACAUCAAGUGGAAGAUUAAUGAGCCAGUAUGCAACUAAUCCAAAUAAUUUAUAG